AUGAACCGGGUGCUGGUCAGAGACUUGCUGCGUCGAACUCACCGGAUCUCAGUGACAGCGGCAGCACAGUAUUCAAAUCGACAGGCGUUUCACAGUUCACCGUCAUGGCGUGUUGUCAGGCCGUAUCUCCUCGCAGACAUUGGAGAAGGAAUCACAGAGUGUCAGAUCAUCAAUUGGUCGGUAAAGCCCGGGGACCACGUUGCACAGUUCGACCCCAUAUGUGAAGUCCAGUCAGAUAAAGCUACUGUAGAGAUUACCUCACGAUUUGACGGCGUGGUCAAAGCCCUCCAUUACGAGCAGGAUGAAGUUGCCCUCGUCGGGAAGCCACUGUUGGAUAUGGAUAUCGCGGACGAUAUAACGGGGGAUUCAGUUCUUGCGGAGGUUCCUGAACAGGAAGAACCAUCGGAAAUUAGAGAUGAACCAGAGAAAGGAAUCUUUGGGGGACAGAUUGAACAGCCCACGCCAUCACUCCAGCCACAGUCUGAUACACAGGCCUCGUCGUCGGCCCUAUCCACACCGAUGUUGAAGGAAAACCGCCCCGCCAGAUCUCCCGCACUCCUCACUCCGGCGGUGCGACAUAUGCUUAAGCAGGCGGCUAUCGAUGUAACGGAUGUCCAGGGGACUGGUCGAGAUGGACGCAUCACCAAAGACGAUGUCCAGCGUUAUAUCCAGACACAAUCGAGCUCGAGUAUCUCCCCGCCGCUGCCGACUGCUCCGGACGUCAGUGCAUUGUCGCAGAAAGUGGCAGAGGACAAGGCCAUACCACUGACCCCGACCGAGAAGCACAUGUUCAAAGUCAUGACCCAUUCCCUGACGAUCCCUCACUUCCUGUACACGCACAGCGUAGACGUCACCUCCAUCAACUUCCUGCGCCGCAAGUUCAACACAAGCCCGAGUCUCUCAUCCACGCUCUCCACGCCCGACACUUCCGUGUCGAAGCUGACGAUCCUACCCUUCAUCAUGAAGGCGCUGUCGCAGGCAUUUGCACGGUUUCCAAAACUCAAUGCCCAUCUAGAUACCACCACGAAUCCGUCCAACCCACAACUGAUUCUCAAGUCCUCGUGCAACUUCGGCAUCGCAGUCGACACCCCUCAGGGCCUGCUCGUGCCCGUGGUCAAGAAUGUGGAGAGCCACUCCAUCAUCUCCCUCGCGGCGGAGAUCAAGCGGUUGAGCGACCUCGCGCAAGCUGGACGUCUGGCGCCAGAGGACUUCAAGAAUGCCACCUUCACCAUCAGCAACAUCGGAAGCAUCGGCGGCAGUGCGGUGGCCCCUGUGAUUGUGGCGCCGAUGGUCGGGAUCCUGGGGGUCGGCAGAGCUCAGAAUGUCCCGGUUUUCACGACGGACGAGCACGGUGUCGAGCACGUCGUCAAGCAGGAGCAGGUGGUGCUGAGCUGGAGUGCCGAUCACAGAGUUCUAGACGGCGCCACCGUCGCCAAAGCCGCUGAAGUCGUAGGUAGCUUGAUACAAAAUGCUGAGAGUCUGGGGUUGGCGUUGCGGUGA